AUGACGACGGCAACACCAGGCACCGAAUCUACUAAGGCUGAGAUGCCAAGCGCAUCAACGACUUCCCUUCCUCCUGUGCCGCGUGCCACAUCGAUCAUUGUAAUUGGUAUGGCCGGCUCGGGCAAAUCAACGUUUGUCGCCAAACUGGCAUCGCACUUGGGUCAAUGCGCAGCUCAAGCAGCUAUGGCAGAAGCAACAAACGAGACCCAUGAGACGCGCCCCACGCGUCCUUAUCUCAUUAAUAUCGACCCGGCUGUGGCUACGCUGGGGUAUGCGCCCAAUGUAGACAUUCGUGAUACAGUUGAUUAUACGCGUGUCAUGGAAGAGUACAAACUCGGACCCAAUGGUGGCAUCCUCACCUCCCUCAAUCUUUUCACGACCAAAUUUGACCAGGUCUUGCAGCUGGUCGAGAAACGAGCCAACGAAGUCGAGCAUGUGGUCCUCGAUACGCCUGGCCAGAUUGAAAUAUUUACGUGGUCGGCCUCAGGCUCCAUUAUCACCGACUCGCUGGCCAGUGCUAUGCCCACGGUGCUGGUGUACGUUGUGGAUACCCCGCGAACAACGGCGCCAGCCACUUUUAUGAGUAAUAUGCUGUAUGCGUGCAGUAUCCUAUACAAGUCGCGUCUCCCAUUCAUUCUAGUGUUCAACAAAAUCGACGUGCAACCCCAUGCGUUUGCUAUGGAAUGGAUGCAGGACUUUGAGGCGUUCCAACGCGCCCUGGCCUCGGGACAUGCACGCGAUCCCUCAGCACAAGCACUCCAUGGCGACGAGCCGGUUAAGGACGGCACGCCGUCUACAUUUGAAAGUCGUGGCGAAGAGCCCAGCUACCUCAACAGUCUCAUGAAUAGUAUGAGUUUGGUCCUGGACGAAUUCUACCAAAACCUGCGGGCCGUCGGUGUGUCUUCUGCCACAGGAGAAGGUAUGGAUGAUUUCUUACAGGCUGUGCAGGAGGCACGACAUGAAUACAUGACCGACUAUCGUCCGCAAAUGGAGGCUAUGCUGCAGCAAAAGAAGGCAGAGAUGGAAAAGUCGAAACAGGAGCAAAUGAAAGAAAUGCUCAAGGACAUGAGCCUUCGUGACUCUCGUUCCGGCCUAGCGAAGGUACGGGCGAAGCAACGCGCAGGUGCAGACAGCCUCGAACCUAGCUACGAUGGAGAUGGUGAAAUCAUCGACCCUGAUUCGGAUGAAGAGAAACCCGAAUACGGUGCGCCUGGCGGUGAUGAACGUUUGUCGCGCCGUUGGAACACCAUUGAUGGUAGCUACUGGCCAACGCCCCAAGAUUCACAAGAAUGA